UAGAGUUCCUCAGGGGACGCUACUGACAAGAUUACGUGUGCCGUGCGUGAAAGGGUUUAUUUCGACAGGAGAGUGGAAUUGUUUAGGUCAUGGACUUAACGUCUCCGUUUAAAUGUAAUAACUAUUAAUCGAAACGAAGUAUUUGAAGACUUGUUGGUUGAUACACUUUAAUGAUGAUAUAUCAGGCACGUCAGUUUGCACAUGGCAUUGGACAAUAAUGAAGUUGCUGAAUAGCGACGCACUUGCAUUGUUUGAGAAAUUUCUGAAGAACGUCAGUAGUAGCCUAUAGUGGAGAAGCAGAACGUUUUUUUUAUUUUUUUAGACGAAUACAUUUCUUUCGCCUGACUGACGGAUGCGUGCCUAGGCCUACAAAAAUAUUUAUGGAAUUGAGCAGAGAACAUUCGAAUUUCGGAGGAAUACCUUGAUAGACAACCUUCAUCAUGAUGAAUCGGGCUUUCUGGGAUGCGAUAUUUCUCAUUGCUGGUUCCCUCUUUACAUAUGGAACAAGCCAGGAUAAUUCCACUAUUGUUACUAAUUCUACAAUGACCACCACACCUCCUGUAACUACCACCACUACCACUGUAAAUGUUACUACCUCUUCUACUACCACCACCAGUAUCACCACUACAACCACCAUUCCAGUGAAAAAGUUUGUUGCAGCAGCUGUUCGAUCCCACUUCGAUGACUGUCCUGACUCCCACAGCCACUUCUGUUUCCAUGGCAUCUGUCGUUUCUUGAUUCUGGAGGAGACGCCUGCAUGUGUGUGUCACCAAGGCUUCGUAGGGAUGCGAUGUGAGCACGCAGACCUGCUAGCUGUGGUGGCCACCAAUCACAGGCAACAGACAGUUGCCACGGUGCUAGUUCUGUGUGUGAUUGGUUGCGUCUUGACGAUGCUGCUCUGCACCCUUUUACAUUGCUGGUGGAGGCGGGACGGUUUGGGGCGGAGACACAGACUCCACUGUGCCCCAGAGAAACAAGGCAGUAUGCUGAAGGCCCGAGGGUCCUGCUGUCACUCUGAAAGUGUGGUGUAAAGAGAAGAACUCCUGCUUGGAACGCCAGGGAUUUUCAUGAUGGGCUGCCUUCUCUCUUCCUCUGUCCAUUCAACCCUAAAGACUGCUGGGACAUAUGGAUCAUACCUAAGAUGGGCAUCAGACACCUGGCUAAUAACAUCCUCAUAAGACUGAGAGGGAGGAGAGACCCCCUCUAUUUCUAUUACCAGACCAAGGGAGGCCCAUUUGAUGUGAGAGUUUCAUGUCGUUUCAGAACCUCCGCACACUUGGAAUACUGUGAUCUCACUACUGUUUUAAUGCAUGGAGGAGAAGAGAUGGGAACUGACCGGUCAGAAAUACCAAAUUCUCCGGAACAGCUCUCUGGAACUGGACUCGUGAACAGAUAUCCUCUAAAUGGUGAGCGCUCAGUGUGACAUCACUGUAAAGAUGAUGAAGUCAAGGACAUGACAAGGAACAUGCUGGACAUAAGAGAAAUACGUUUUACAACUUGGUGUCCUGUGGGGUUUUUGGCCCAUGAAAGCAAUUAUUUCAGAUUUUGAUUUCAGGUAUAACUUUGUUUUAUUCACUCAAAAUCUUAAAUUUUUGUCUUUUAAGAAGCUAAACACAAGCUAAAAACACAAUGAACAAUUGUUUCAUCAAAACUUAAAGCGCACAGAUUUAGGUGGGGCAAGAACAUUUUAGUUUCUGUUUUAAGCAAGGGAUAUUGACACACCUCACCUGACAAAAAUGGGAGAUUGCUACUGGGACUCUUUAACCCCACUGUGGAUUAUGGACCAAUGGUGGGACUUGGACAUUAGAUAUGGGAGAAAUUAAAUGCAUGCAAAAGAGUAGAUUUUAGAGGACUGUAUAGUCUCCAAAAACAUUGCCAACCUAUAGUCCCUUAGUAACUUAUCUACCACCAUGUAUCAUUAUUCCUGAUAUGACAGGCUUUCUAUGAGUGUGCACAUUGCAUUGUACCUCAGAUAUUGUAGUGUUGGUUGUUUCUUUCCAUUCCUGCACAAAACCGGCAUUACAUUUUCCAAUUGACAAGUUAGUGAUGCACAUACAAACAGACAUUGUUGUGUAGCACUCGUUUUAUGCACAUAUGUUACUGGGAACAUUGUAUGCAUGAGAUUCUUAUCAUGACCUAUUCUAGAUGUACACUUCAUUGUAUAGUAAUGUUUUCUUGGGGUACACGUCAUAACAAGCUUGCACACUUCUGCACUUAGGUUGCUGUUACUUCAUAUGUGAGAGAUGCCAAAUGCACCUGAAGAUCUUACAUGUCUGAUAGAGCACAGAAAGACUCAUGCAGUUCUGGGUAAUAACACUGUAACAGAAUGAUUGAGACUCAGAUUUUUCACAUUAAAAUAUAUGUCAAGGAAAAACCAAUAAUUGCAAAGUUAAACAAACCAUACAGUUAUAUGCACAGAUCUACUUUGAACAAUUUCCACAGAAAAUGUUACAAAAACACAUUUAAGUAAAGAACAGUGCAGAUGCAAAGUUUGGUAACAGAAUGAUAGUUUGUGCUCUUUGUGUCAUCAUUCUUUUACCAAACUUUGUAUCUGCACUCGUCUUCAAUGUAUUUGUGCAUAGUUGUAUGGUUUAACUUUGCAAACAUUGUUUUUUGUUUGACAUACAUUUAAAGUGAAACCUCUGUCCCAGCAUCACUGUUACCAUGGAAUUGCCCUUCUAUAGAGCGCAUCCAGCCAUGCAUGCAUACACAAGACCCUGUUUCUAGUUAUGAAACAUAUUAGACAACACAGUAUUUGUAUUAUUACACACCACAAAUAUGCACAAAACACAGCCUUUAGCUGGAAUGACUUGGUUUAUUAACUGGAAAUUGUGCAACACUUUUUAUAGAGCAUCAUUUUUAGAAACUGUUAAAACCACACUUUACAGAUAUGGUACAAUAGAUGUCUGAAUAAGAGAAUAUGGUGGAAAUAGAGAGCUGAAGCGUAUGAAUGGCAAUUUUGUACAGUUUUGGGACAAAACGAAUUGCUGAAAAACAAAUACUUGGGGAAAAGAAAGUAGGAUGGAGACCUGCUUUAUAUUUAUUUAUAAAUGUAUGUAUUUAAUUCAGACAUUUUGUUUAUGCUUAUUAUACCAUAAGCCUACCAUUUGGUGGAAAUGGAAAGCAGCCCAAAACCACAUUUUGAAGUAAAUAAAUGUUUGGAGCUUUCAA